AUGGGCGCUGGAGGAUCGCACGCGGCAGCCGAGAUGCAGCAGUGGAUGGGCGAGCGCAACAUCGAGUUCGACAUCAUCCCCAAGGGUGCUCACCACAAGCAACAGUUGGCCAAGUACCACAUGCAGUUCCCCGACGACUCGCUGAAGACGGCCCUGGGGAUGACGGCCAGCCAGCGGAGCGGGCUGAGGAACGUCAACGGUUUCUCUCGGGCGAUGCUAGCGUUUGGCGCGCAGCCCGAGAUACCUGGGGCGUUGAGCGACGAGAACUUCGGCUUCGCCGAGCAGUCCGCGCUGACCCGAAGGGCGAGGGAUUGCGAGAUCGGCGAGCGGGCGUGCUACUGGAGGCCGCGCAAGGACAGGGAGAUGGAGAAGUGCCACUGGCACGGGCCGGCGCUGGUCGCGGCCGUGGAGGCUAAGUCUAACGAAGACGAGGUGCUACAUGCAGGCGUGGCCUGGCUGACGCACGGGCGCGCCAUGCGCAGAUGCAGCUUGGGGCAGCUACGACCCGAGCUAGCGUCGGAGACGAGGAGGGGGCGAGAGGCGAAGCCUGGCGACCCGCGCUGCCCGCUCAGCACCACGAAGAAUCUACAAGAGAUGCUCAAACAAACCAAGGGGACGUUCAACUUCCAGGACCUGCGAGAGGAGGGCGACAAGCCAGAGUACGACGAAACUGUGGACGACAUGGGCCUGCCCCCUACUGUCGCCGCUCGCGCGGAGACGGAUCAGGAGGCUGGACGACCAGAGGACGCCGCGCCAGCCACCCCUGCCGCGGAGGAGCAGUCGCCCGACAGCUUCAUGCCCGACUCGCCAGAGGAGCCGCCGACAGCACCUGUUGACGCCCAUGCGGAAGCGCCAGCUGCGGCCUCGCCGGCAAGUGAGCCGACCAGGGCCUACAUCGAGCAGUUGGCCAAACGCAGCGUGGAGGCGAACGACCGUUUGGACGGGUUGCCGAAUAAGAAGGCGCGGCUCACCUGGAAGGCGUCAGAGGCCAAGGCCGAGGGCGCGAAGUUCAUGGAGGCCAGGCUCUCACCCGAGGAAAAGAAGCAGUUCCAGGAGACGAAGUGGGAAUCCCUUGAGGUCUUCCGUAAGAACGAGGGGUGGGGGCCCAUUAACGAGUCCGAGGUCGACCCAGCCGCUUGCUGCCCGCUACGGUUCCUGCUGAAGUGGAAGCUGAGGGAUGGCCAGCACGUGGCCAGAGCGAGAGUUCUGCACCAGGGCGUGAAGCAUCGCGGCGUGGUCGAGGGGCAGCUCGACAACGAGGCGCCGACCCUGAGCCGCCUCGGCCGACGCGCCAUCAUGCUGUGGGCGACAGUGCGUCAGUGGAAGUUGUUUUCCGCCGACGUGAAGUCAGCGUUCCUUCAAGCUGACAACGUGGAGUCCCGCGGAUUGAAGCUGCACGCCACACGUACCAUGGAGACGCGUGAGAUAUUGUCACAGCAGGUCGGACUGGAACUUGGACAGUUGCUGAAGAUGAUCCAGCCAUGCUUCGGAGACCCGCGGUCGCCUAAGCUGUGGCACUACCUCUCCGACGAAGUCACCAAUGAGAUUGGGUUCAAGAACCAUUGGCUCGAGGACUGCUUGUUACUCAGCUUGAGGACCGCGAAGGCCAGUGACGACCCGCUCGACAUCUGCGUGAUCGACGGCCAGCACUGCGUGGUGGACGGCCUGACCGGGAAGCACGUGGACGACUUCUUGGGAUGCGGGAAUAAUGUGAACACGGAGGACGAUCUGCACGCGCCCGUGGACGACCCCGAGUCGUUCAAGGCCAGGCUCGCUCUACUUAACCAGAAGCUCAAUUUCGGCAAGUGGGACUUCGGGCAUGAGCUGACGUUGACGGGUGGCGAGCUGGAGCAGAACAAGUACUUGCACACGGUCAAACCGAUCUCCAUCGACAAGUCCACUGCACUGAAGGAGUUGACGAGUUCCAUGACGCUGACUGGACAGUUGCAGUGGCCAGCCGCGCAGGGCAUCAUUAUUGCAGCCGCCACCGCGUCGUUUCGCGCUGCUGCGACGGGCAACGCCACCGUGCAAGACAUGAUCGACGCGAACAAGGACCUGCGAGUCCUGAAGGCCAAUGCGGGCGUCGGAUUGUACUUCAGCUUCGACAAGCAAUGGAGCGCUAUGAGGAUUGGAGCUUACUCGGAUGUUAGCUGGGCGAGCUGGCCUGACGGGAGCUCACAGGGUAGUUACCAUAUCUUCAUCGGGCCUGCCGAAGAGCUUGAGGCAGGCACACCUGCACCGAUCGUGGCUAUGGAAUGGGCUUCGAAGAAGUUGCAACGCCUGUGCAGGAGUUCGCUGUCAGCCGAGGCUCAGGCCGCCGCGCCGGGCGUGGGCUCGCUCGUGUGGGUGGAGAUCUACGUGGCGCUGAGCUUACGGCCCGACCUGACGGGCGACGAGGCCAUGACGUACUUCGAGCAGUCCCCUUUCAUCACGGACGCCAAGUGUCUCCAUGACGCUUCGCAGUCAGUUACCGCGGGAUUGGGCAUCACCGAGAAGCGUACUGCCAUCGAGGUCAGGAUCGUGAACGAACAGAUGAAGGAGAUUGACGCGAUCUGGAGAUGGGUGAACACCCAGCAGCAGCUGGCCGAUGGGCUUACCAAGCUCAGCAGUUGCCAGACGCUAGCGGACAUACUACGACGUGGAGUACAUGCGCUGAAGUACGACCCGAACUUCGCGGCGGCGAAGAAGCUGAGCAAAAGGCAGGUGGAGCUGCGCGAGCAAGAGCUGGAGCAAGCCGGCGACGAGCAUGCGGGCAACACCGAGACUACGGAACAGCCGAAGCAGAGAGCGCGCCGUGGACACUACGGAGCGAGCGGGAGGAGGCUAGCAGCUACUCUAGCCGCAGGCGCCGCUUCAGGGAGCCAGGGACGCGACGCGCGCACCCUGGUGGAUCUGGGCGGAGGCGCGUGGGACCUCCUGACGUUUCUCGUGUUUGUGAUCGUGCUAUCGCCGGGCAUCGGUCUAGCGAUCGUCUAUUGCAUGGGGAGAAAGGUUGGCGCAAGGCUGCCCCAGCGGAAGAUGGAGAGCCCCAUGGACACGGUACUGCAACCACGAGGUGGAGCUACGAGUGACGAAGAAGAAGACGAAGACGCAAAGGGCACGGACAGUGCCUCACCGAAGAUGGGAACGAGCAGUGAAAUGACAAAGACGACUAUGAGGUCUACCAUCCCCGGAGAUGCGCCGACGCGCGGACCGACGGUGACGUCCGCAACCCGAAGGCGCCCAGUGACGACAGCCAAGCAGCCCGACGUGUACAUCAGCACGUACGGCGAGACACACCAUCUGACGAGCACAUGCGCUGGGUUGCGGGGCGCGAAGAAUGCGACGAGGUACGAGAUUUGCAGGUUCUGCAACGAGGAUGGGCCGCCCACGAGCGGCAAGUGA